ACCUUUUGAGGAUUUAAAUGAAAAUGCUGGUCAUGUUUUAUUUACUCCUGUUGCUCAGAGGCAGCUAUCUAACCAGUGGGUACAGUUUUGUGGUAAAAACUGCUAAUGCUAGGGAAAAUGUAACAAUGAAAUGUCCUCGCUCACCAUCCACUCAAUCCAAAAGUUUGUUUUGGGUAAAAUUUUCUUCCGUGAAGUGGCCUGAAUUUCUUGGACAAACAAUAACCUUGGAUUAUGACAAGGUCACCAAAACGCGACACCUAACAUCAAAACAAGAGGAAGGAACAUUUAUUCUGCAUAUUAAAGAAACUCAGCAGAACGACACUGGACUUUACUACUGUAUUAAAGUUGAAGCUGAUCUAAAGCUGAUAUUCGUGAAUGGAAUUUUUCUCAAGAUCAAUGGACCAGAACCAGAGGUCUCUACUGUAACUCAAGAGCAGCUACCUGAUUCACUCCGUCCAGGAGAGUCAGUAACAUUACAGUGUUCAGUUUUCUUUCACUGUAAGAGGAAAAACUGUCCAACUUAUCACAGAGUGCAUUGGUUCAAAGCUGGCUCAGAUGAGUCUCAUCCCAGUCUUAUCUAUGUUGAUGGGAAAAGUGGAAAAGAUUGUGAUGGGAGUCCUGAGGCACACACAUGUGUGUAUAGGUUCUCCAAAAUGGUCAGCCACUCUGAUGCUGGAACAUAUUACUGCGCUGUGGCCACAUAUGAAGAAAUUGUUUUUGGAAAUGGAACUAAACUGAAAAUUCAAGAACUAAGGGAUUUUUGGCGGUCCAAAAAUACUCUGUCGUUAUGCGUCGCCGUGGCUUCAUGUCUGGUUGUCAUUUUGUGCCUGGUUUACAUCAUGAAGAAGAAAACUUGUUUUUCCUGCAAUGAUGCCAUCAGAGGACAUGGAGCUCAGCAUAAUGAAGGGAAAAGUGAACAGUCUUUGGUCUAUUCUGCGCCAAACUUCACCAGGGGCAAAGGUGGAAAAGCAGAAAGAAGAAAAGUAAAUGCAACUCAUGACGAGACGGUCUACACAAGCGUCAUUAAAUAAGUCAGAAGGUCGUCGUUGUUUUGUCUGGAAAACGUUUACUGUGAUCGGUUUAGAGCCUCAUUGUACACCAUUUGAAUCAGCUAUUCUAUUAUUAAAAUCACAUGUACACCCGCAGUUUCUAAUUCUGAUUCUGUAACUGCAUUUUUUCCCAGGUUUUAUGCAAUUUUGAUUCUUCCUGUGGCUUUUAAAGUAAAACUUCUGUCAUAACGCUGUUUUGCAUACCCUAAACAUUUGUAUUUAAAUGGAUGUUUUCUAGUCAGAUAUUUUUCUUAAUAUACCUUCCUGAUGUAUUGCUUUGCUGUGGACCGACAACCUGUCCAGGGUGUACACUGCCUUUCACCCUAAACUAAUGGAGAGAAGCACCAAACCCCAUGGACCCUGAUGGAUGAGCUGCCAAAAAUGGAUGGAUGUCUUUGGCACAGAUUUUGUUCCUGUAGAUCAUAAGAACUUGCUUGAUAAUUGUCAAGACUUUCAAGUAUUUUGUUUUCAAAUGCUUUUUUAACUUGAAAUGGAAAUUAAAUAUCUCUGCAGCUGAAUGAAGAAUCUUUUAUAGGGCAUUCCAGGUUUUUUAGAGGGUAGAUAUAUAUAUUGAAAUGUACAUUUUUUUUUCCCUUUUUUAAGUAGUUUCAAGUUAUGCCUGAUAUAUUAGAGAUGCCUGCUAUUGUUUGCUGUAUAACACAAUAUAGUUGCAUUUGACGUUUGUCAGAUUGUCAAAUUGAGAAAGACCAAAGUUUUUGUUUUAUUUGUGAAAAAACUCAA